GCAUCACCACAGGAGUUUCGGUCGAACUCGGCAUCACUCGGCUUCACUCGGAGGGGGGGCACUGUUGUCAUUCGUCAGGGCUGUGAGUCGAGCUUUUGUCCAGGAGAAAUGGCUGGGAUUAAAGCUCUCAUCAGCCUGUCCUUUGGGGGGGCCAUUGGCCUCAUGUUCCUCAUGCUUGGAUGUGCCCUCCCUGUGUACGAUAAAUACUGGCCUUUGUUCCUCCUCUUCUUCUACAUCCUCUCCCCCAUCCCAUACUGCAUCUCUCGGAGGGUGGUCGACGACACAGACUCGGCCAGUAAUGCCUGCAAAGAGCUGGCCAUCUUCCUCACGACGGGCAUCGUCAUCUCAGCCUUCGGCCUGCCCAUCGUCUUCGCCAGAGCUGAAGUAAUCGCCUGGGGUGCGUGUGCGCUCGUGCUAACGGGGAACGUAGUGAUCUUCAGCACCAUCCUGGGCUUCUUCAUCGUGUUCGGAUCCAACGACGACUUCAGCUGGCAGCAGUGGUAAACCAGCAGCAGGGGGGGGGGACCUUAUUCUGAACUGUUUUUAUUAGCAUUACAAUUAUUAUUAUUAUUAUUAUUAUUAUUAUUAUUAUUAUUAUUAUGGUAAAAACUGUUUGGUUCUUGUUGUUGUUAUUUAUAUGAUGACCGCCCACCCAUAGACUCACACCAAACCAGUGCAAUACUUUGUUUUUUUUACCGCCUGCUUCAUAUUGAACUGACACAAGUGGGAUGGAAAAUGCUGACUUACAGUUGGAUUUGUUCUCGUUUUAGUUUUGCUCUUGUGAAUUUUUUCUCCAUUUGUGUGUUUCAUUUGGAGCGACAUAAGCUGAUGAGCGCUGGUGAACAACUGCUGGUUUUAUCUGUGAACAAACAUGUUGAAAAUAGCCCAGUUGAAUGUGGAAGACGACUCAAUCUGACCAAAGGGACAGGGCCAUACCUUUCUCUAUUUAGAAGACACUCUGGUAGAAGCUAAAUGGAGUUUAAAUUAGCAGAACAAUGAUCGAAAAUCUGCAUCAUAUAAACUCAGAUUCCACCACACAUUUCAAUUUGUGUGGAAUUUGUUUAAAACUAAAAUGCUUUUUGUCACUCAAAAGUGGAAAAUAAACAGAUCAAGUGCGGGUUUAAGUUAAGCUUUCUGCUAACGUAAUGCUCAGAUCGCUAUUCUGUGAAAGUGUAGAAGCUCAGUGUGUGUUUUAGACUGUUACAACCCUUCUCAUUUGUACAUCCUGUUACAUGUAUAAAUGUUACUCUUUGUUUGGGACCAUGUUGGCAUUACAUGUUCAAUCAUUUUCAUUUAUGCAAUCCAUAAAAGUCGUAAGCUGUCGCCUCACAAAGUAAGUAGACGAUGUUCAGGAGCAGCAGAGUGUUUGUAUCCUCCUUAAACUCAGACGAGAGGCUUCGUUUAAACAGCCUCAGCGUCACUGCAGAGAUCAAAUUUACCCGACGAGGUGAUUUCCCAGCUGGAUGCUUAUUCGCCGAGUUGUUCUGCAUACGAUAGCUGUUGCCUCACUCUAAUGAACGGCCAUGCCUCGCCGUGUCAGGUGAAGAAAGCACGAGAAGCCGCCAGCUAGGUAGGAUUAUCCCGAGGACAGCGAUUGAAACUGAACGGAGAUAAGAACCGGCCGACUUAUAGCCGCUAAGCUUUUUAAACAGGACCCUUUCAAAAUAAAAGCACCCCUGUGCUCAGUGUAGUUUUCUCUCUCUAAAGGUUUGUCGCACAUUUCCUCACACCAGCAUUCUCAUGGUUUAUGAUUUCUAUGUUCUCCGGUCUGAAGGAAAUAGUUUGGGUUGUGUAAUAUGUAGACAGGUUUAGCUCUCCUGUUUCACUGCAUUAGAGGGAAUGAGUGUCUGGCUCCUGGUUGAAUGGAGGGUCAAGGGUCGGACAUUAUCCUUUGGACGUUGAUUUUGAUUUUGUUUUGGUUCAUUUUGAAUAUGUGCCCUCUGGAAGACACUUUUAUUUUAUUUAAAUAAGAACUGAUGACUGAUGAUAAUUUAUAAUGUGUCCCAAUAUUUAACAUGUUCUUGUGUUCUUGUGUUGUAGGCCAUCCCAGAAUUGUUUAUUUUUACCAUGGGUUUGCAUGCACACUGAUUUCCAAUGAAAGUUUAAUCCUUCUGAUAAAAAAAAGGAAAAAUUAGGCAAAAAAAACCAUGAUGGUACUACAGGGGUUAUUAUUUAUGUACAUGUGCUUACACUAUAAACUGUUUGUCAAGACAGAGUAAAAGCACAUACGUUGCUUUAAAACCGUCAUUUGUGAUUCCUGUAUCUAUUUUUGUAUGGAUGACACAAACAAGACACAAUUCCCUUAUCAAUGAACUUUACAAAUGUUGAUAGGUGGUCUAAAAAUAAUACUUUGAUAGCUGAUUACUAGCUUUAUGCUAAGCUAAUCGCUACCCGGUUCUAUACUUGGAGCACAGACAUGAGAAUAUCUGUCUUCUCAUCUGAUUCACAUUAACAGCUUCAAUUUCUAAAGAUAAACAGAAAGUAAAACUCUUAAAUUAACUACAUUAUGUCUUAAAUCAAUUAACAAAUCUCUGAGAAAAGCAUUGGAAAUCUACAGAGGAAACCCCCGGCUAAAAAUGCUAACUGACCCUGGGCUCUGGCACUGCAGUUCGACAUUAACACUCCUCUUUAAGAUAUUUAUUUCCUCUGUUACACAAAUCCCUCAGUGAAGGCACUGAUUGUAGAAAAGCACCAUAAAAACCAUGGCAGCUUUCUUAAUAUCCAGUUAUAUGUAACUAAGUGAGUGAAUAUUGAACACUACUGACAUGAUUUGUGAAUAUUGUUACGUGACACCACUUUUGAAUUGAACGCGCUCUGAACAUCAGGGGAACGUCUGUGUGACACUGUGGAUUUUAAGCUAAACUCCUCAAAUGUUCUCCGACUUUGUUCUGGUGUGUCGCUGUGGGCCGGGUUUCUCUGUGUUUCUGUGAAGAGAAUCUGAUCCGGGGAGGGAUAUUGUAUUUCUUUAUUUUAAUAAGGAGCUUUGUGUCAACAUCCAACGCCAUUUCGAUCUACGAUGUUUCUGUUUAGUAGGCAGAAGUCAGCAUGGUGGUCUUCUUCUUCUUCUUCCUUUUUUUUUUUUUUUUUUAAAUAAACGCCAUUUUUGAA